AUGAGGGCCACCGCGGUUAUUUACGUUCUCGUCGCCUGGGCGGUUCGCUGCGCCUUAACACAGGAGCUGGAAGACAUCCCGUACUGCUCCCGGAUUUGCUUCACAGUUGGAAACUCUGAGUGGUGCAGCCUCGGAAAGACAUCCAACUGCGUUUGCAGACAAAGCAUCGCCAGCUACUACCGCGGAAAGUUCAAGAGCUGUAUAGAGAAGGCCUAUGCCGCCUUUGCAGCGUACUGCGUCGCAAAUGACUGGAUAGAUGCCGCCUCAACAGCAUUGGGCGAAGCAACGACGGUCACCAUCGGACCAAUCGUCAUAGCCACACUGGCGACUACAGUAACAACAGGCUCUGGUGGCUCUACGGCGACUAUCACAUCGGACAUCACUGCAACAAUAGGAGAAACUGGGCCAUUUACGACAGGAUCAGCGACAACUGCGAACCCCUCUACUGAACCGACGGCAGAAACGGCACCCACGACCGACGAGAGCGACAGCAACAAUGACUCUUCUAAUGCAUUGUCAGUAGGUGCAAAGGCAGGUGUCGGAAUUGGAGCUGCGCUUGCGGUGGCUUUGGUGGCUGUUAUUCUGUUUAUCUGGAAACGGAAACGGACGGCUGCGUCAACCGAAAAAGACGAGGAAUCGUCAGUCCCAGAGCUCGAUAAUGGCGACAUCUCUAACAGACAUGAACUGGACUCGAGCACGAUGACUACUGGGCUGGACAAAACGCACUCAACGGCAUUCUCAAAUCAUCAAGGCAUGGCUGAGCUGGACGCAACCACUGCGUUGAUCAAAGGACAGACGAGGCUUGUUGAAGGCGAGGUCACGCCUCCAGUGGAACAAGGCGCAGUUUCGCCGGAGGCUGGAUCCAUGAUCUCGCAUCCUACACCGUCACUGCCCCCAGCAACGAAUAUAGCACAGCCUAUGAUCGGAGAUUAUAUCAAUUCCAACUCGUCGGAACCGUCACUUCCGAGCACGGCGGAGUUGGAGCACCUGCUUCACGAGGAGCAGCUCUUGAGGGAGAGAAGGCGGACGUUAGAGCAGCUGCAACGGAUACAAGAGGAUGAACUUGCUUUAGGAGAGCGUAUAAGGUUGUUGAGACAGAGGCAUAGUGGCCAAUCGUCAGAGGGUGGGGGAUAA